ACCGCAUCUGGAGGGUGGGGAGGGGCUCUUAGGGCCGGGACGGGCACUCGAUCUCUCCUCCAGCCCCCAGCUGGGCGUCCGUGGCCCGCAACAGCUGCGCCCGCGGCGGGUGCACCACACCUGCCUUCUCCACCCCCAGCUGUGUGGCCCAAACUCCCCCAGUCCUGGAGGGUGCUGCACACCUGCUGCGGCCUUGCUCCAUCUCCCCGCAGCCGCGGGGCUGAGCACGCCCAGGCCGAGAGGCCCGGGACCGAAGCAGGUGCAGGGCUUUCCCACUGCUCCCGUCCCCCGUUCCCAGGUUUUCCCCUGCGAGUCUGUAUUGGAGGUAGAGAAAGGUUAUACGGGGUUUACGCGCAGGUUUCCCCCAGUCUCCAGUCCUUUUGGGAAGCUGCUCUGACCAGUUCUCAAACAGAAAGGCCAGGAUCGAGCCAUACUUCAAUGGACCCCAGAGGCAUCUUGAAGGCAUUUCCCAAGCGGAAGAAAAUUCUUGCCAAUCCAUCAUCAAAAGCACUUGCAAAGAUUCCCAAGAGGGAAGCAGGAGAAGAAGCAGGAGAGUGGCUGAACUCUCUGCGAGCCCACAUUGUGCCCACUGGCAUUGGACGAGCGCGGGCAGAACUGUUUGAGAAGCAGAUUGUCCAGCAUGGUGGCCAGAUAUGCUCUGCCCAGGCCCCAGGUGUCACUCACAUUGUGGUGGAUGAAGGCAUAGAUUGUGAGCGGGCCCUCCGCCUCCUUAGACGGCCCCGGCUCCCUGUGGGUGCUCAGCUGGUGAAGUCAGCCUGGCUGAGCUUGUGCCUGCAGAAGAGAAGGCUAAUGGAUACAGCUGGAUUCAGCAUCUUCAUCCCUAACAGGUACUUGGACCCACCACAGCCUAGCGAAAUGGACCAAGACUCUUCUACUCCUCCUGGCACCCACAAGGCCCUGCUUGGGACUGCCCUCUCUCCUCCCCCUUCUCCCACCAAACCUGUAUCUCCUCCCCAAAGAGCAGAAGAGGCAUCAAGUACCCAAGCCCAGACCACCUCUGAUGAUGAAACCAGUGAUGGGGAAGAGACCCGGGUUAGUGCAGCUGAUCUGGAAGCCCUGAUCAGUGGCCACUACCCCACCUGCCUUGAUGGAGACUAUGAGCCUAGCCCAGCUCCUGAAGGACUGGAUAAGUGGGUCUGUGCACAGCCUUCGAGCCAGAAGGUGACCAACCACAACUCCCACAUCACAGAGAAGCUGGAAGUGCUGGCCAAAGCCUACGGUGUUCAGGGAGACAAGUGGAGGGCCCUGGGCUAUGCUAAGGCCAUCAAUGCCCUCAAGAGCUUCCACAAGCCUGUCACCUCCUACAAGGAGGCCUGCAGCAUCCCAGGGAUUGGGAAGCGGAUGGCCGAGAAGAUCAUAGAGAUUCUGGAGAGCGGGCAUCUGCGGAAGCUGGAUCAUAUCAGCGAGAGUGUGCCUGUUUUGGAACUCUUCUCCAACAUUUGGGGUGCUGGGACCAAGACUGCCCAGAUGUGGUACCAUCAGGGCUUCCGAAGUCUGGAAGACAUCCGCAGUCAGGCCUCCCUGACUACCCAGCAGGCCAUCGGCCUGAAGUAUUAUGAUGACUUUCUGGAACGCAUGCCUAGGGAAGAGGCUACAGAGAUCGAGCAGACAGUCCGGGAAGCAGCCCAGGACUUAAGCCCUGGGCUGCUGUGUGUGGCAUGUGGUUCGUACCGGCGGGGGAAGGCAACCUGCGGUGAUGUGGACGUGCUCAUCACUCACCCGGAUGGCCGCUCCCACCAGCGCAUCUUCAGUCGCCUCCUCAACAGCCUCCGGCAGCAAGGCUUCCUCACAGAUGACUUGGUGAGCCAGGAGGAGAAUGGCCAGCAACAGAAGUACCUGGGUGUGUGUCAGCUCCUGGGUCCGGGGUCGCGCCACCGGCGAUUGGACAUCAUCGUUGUGCCCUACAGCGAGUUUGCCUGUGCCCUGCUCUACUUCACCGGCUCUGCCCACUUCAACCGGUCCAUGCGGGCUCUGGCCAAGACCAAGGGCAUGAGCUUGUCAGAGCGUGCCCUCACCACAGCUGUGGUCCGGAACAGCCAAGGCAUCAAGGUGGGGCCUGGCCGAGUGCUGCCCACUCCCACUGAGAAGGAUGUCUUCAGGCUCUUAGGCCUACCCUACCGAGAACCAGCCGAGCGGGACUGGUGACCCAUGCUGCAGGGAGGGGUGCCGAGCUGGUCUGGCCGCCCACCUAUCCAUCUGGCACUCCCCUGUGCCUCAGCUGACCCAGCCUCACUGCCUCAACCACCAGCUGUCUUCAGUGAGCCCGAGCUGGAGGCUAUGGGCCUGAGCGAAAGAGCCAGCCUGGCUCCCAGGGUCUGCCCAGUUCUCUCCCAGACAAGACCAGGCUACUAUCCCUCCUAUCUCACCACUGCCGCUGGCAGAGUUUUGCACAUAGCCUCUUACCCAUUUUAGACAGGAAUGGGUGGCUGAUUUGAAGUCAGCUUCCUGUACCAAAGGCCCAGGCAUCUCCCUUCCCACCCUGAGAAAAGUCUAGUUGCUGGGGUGGGAGAUUAGCUGCAGGGAGAGAGGAAAAGCAGCUGCGGUCUCAGCAUCAUCCAAGACCCUUUGGAGCAGGAGGAAGAGCCAGUCCACAUGUGUUCCCUCCACCCACCCCACUUCCUGUGCAGCUGGGAAGAGGGCAUCCCAGGCUCAGCAUGGAGAGCAUUUGAAGGCCCAGGGGUCCAUUAAAGCGCAUUUGCCCUUCAACA